UUCAUUUUCAUUCCAAGAUUUAUCAACAAGAAAUGCGCUUGUGUUUCCAUUCUAUCAGUGAACGAUUGCUGAACGUUUUCAAUUAAACGAGUAUACCUCCGAGUGUCUGGAACAGUAUGAGAAACACAUUCACAUGAAACAGAAAAAUAAAUUAAAUUAAAAGUUCAAUUUUAAACGAAAGAACUUCGUUUUAAAAUAAAUAAAUAAAUAAGAAACCGCAGUGCAUCUCGUAGAGCGGUCGGUGUGUGCAUAAGAAACAAUAAAUAAUUGUCCACAAAUGCUAAUCCAGCUGUGAAUUAAUUGGAAUCAACGAAUUAAGAAUUUGAUUCAAUGCGAAAAGUUUAGUGAUUCGUCAUUAACAACAAAUCGGUUGUUCAUGCCAUAAAGAGUUCAUGCCAACUCUGCCGUAAAAGUGACCAAAUGCUAUGCAAAGCAUCUCGACAAAGGAACUGAUUUCGAAUUAAAAGUUAAUUUAAGAAACAAAGGAGAAAAUUCCGUAAAAAUAAUGAGUGCACCUGCUUCACAUCAAACACAAGGACCACCAGUUCCGCCAGCCAAACCCGUACUGUCAUCGCCCGGCGCGUAUAUGGCAAAUUUUACAUCGUCAGCCACAACACCAACGGCUGGUAUUCACGGAGUGAAUAAAGUCCACGAGAAGCCGGCUAUUGCUGCACGACCCAUUCCACCGCCAACAUUGCCAAAGUAUUCAUCUAGUUUUAGUAAGGUCGACCGAGAUCGCAACGAAUUCGCUGGCAAAAUUGAUAGAGCUGAACGGGAGAAGGAUGGAAUCGGCGGUUCGUAUCGUUUGGCUAGCUUAGAUCGGCUGGCAACGAGACAACGCAUUCUGGAACAGAACGGCGGAUUAGGUACAUUGCCUGAUAAAAACGGUACGAAUGGUACUGAGACAAAUGGUAGCAUCACACAUUCGUUACAAGCUAAAAGGGAAAUGUUCUUCAAAUCGGACUCCCAACAGAGUCCAUCCGGACCACCACCGAAUCCUCCAUCGGUUAAUAAUCAUGUGAGUGCGUCCAAUACACAAAACAAUACUCCGAUCAGUACACCAACGUCAAGUGAAAAAAAUUCAAUAGGCAACAACCACACCAACAAUUCCAAUUCCACCGCAAUGAACAAUCUCACCAACAAUUUGAACAACAUCAAUCUGAAGAAAGACAAAGAUAGUCACGAGAACAACCAUCACGAUUCGAAUAAAAUUGCUCACGAACGACAGGACAAAGAGAAGCAACAGGCCAUCGUGCGACCGAAAGUGAAAGAAAUCGAUGGCUACGUCGGUUUCGCCAGUCUACCCGAUCAGGUGUAUCGGAAGGCGGUCAAAAAAGGUUUCGAAUUCACAUUGAUGGUGGUCGGUGAGAGUGGUUUGGGCAAGUCGACCCUAAUCAACUCAAUGUUCCUAUCGGACAUUUACAAUCAGGAACAGUAUCCGGGUCCGUCGCAUAGAAUUAAGAAAACUGUGGCUGUUGAAACGACAAAAGUUUUACUCAAAGAAAAUGGCGUCAAUUUAACGCUGACCGUGGUUGAUACGCCUGGUUUCGGCGAUGCUGUAGAUAAUAGCAACUGUUGGGUGCCAGUCAUCGAAUUUGUUGAAUCCAAAUACGAAGAAUAUUUAACGGCCGAGUCUCGAGUCCAUCGCAAGGCCAUAACCGAUAAUCGUGUCCACACCUGUCUGUAUUUCAUUGCACCGUCCGGACACGGGCUAAAAACAUUGGACGUCGAAUUUAUGCAGAGACUUUGCGACAAAGUCAACAUUAUUCCAGUCAUAGCCAAAGCUGACACCAUGACACCAGAAGAAGUGCAACUGUUCAAGAAACAAAUCUUAAACGAAAUUGCUCAACACAAAAUCAACAUUUACGAUUUCCCCGAACCGUUGGAGGACGAAGAAGAAGCCAAAGUUUUGCGACAGCUGAGAAGUCGAGUGCCAUUCGCAAUUGUCGGUGCAAAUUCCGUUAUUGAAGUGGACGGCCGUCGAGUACGCGGACGUAAAUAUCCGUGGGGAGUGGCUGAAGUUGAAAACUUGGAACAUUGUGAUUUCAUUGCACUCAGAAACAUUGUGAUUCGAACUCAUUUACAAGACUUAAAGGAUGUCACAAAUAACGUUCACUACGAGAACUACAGAUGCCGAAAAUUGGCCGGAUUGGGCGUUGAUGGAAAACAGUCACGGCUAAGCAAUAAUUUAUGCAAUCAAGGCGUCAUGAACUCAUUUAUGACCGUUUGGUAAGUCGAAGAACAUUUUGUCAUUU